UCUCGAAAGGGGGGACUUAUAGAGAGCGAGCUUUCAUGUGAAAAUAAAUAAAUUAAAAAUUAAAAAUAAUAAAAACAAAAAUAAAAAGACAAAGAGACGCCCUCUUCACCGCGAUCUUUUAGCGCAGGGAAUCAAAAAGGAUCAAUUUUGUUCGGGCCAUGAUUUUUGAGCGAAGGGUCCAAUGACGACGUCCUCGACCAUCACCUCCGAAGAGCUCAACUUCCUCGUCUUCCGCUAUCUCCAGGAAUCAGGUUUUACACAUGCAGCAUUUGCUUUAGGAUAUGAGGCGGGAAUUAACAGAUCUCCUAUAGAUGGAAAUUUAAUUCCACCAGGGGCUCUUGUUACUUUUGUUCAGAAAGGUGUUCAGUACAUUGAGUUGGAAGCGAACUUGGAAGGUGGUAAUCCUGCAUAUGAAGAUGAUUUUUCACUUUUACAACCUCUGGAUAUUAUUACAAAAGAUGUGGAUGAAUUACAAAGAAUCAUAAAAGAAAAGAAGGCUAAACUUCAGAAAGAACAAGAUGCCGAAAAAGAUCUUGGACGUGAAAGGGAGAGAGAAAGACAAGAAAGAGAUAAAGACCGGGAUAGGGAGAAAGAAAAGGUAGAAAAGGAUAAAGAACUAGAAAGAGAACGUGAAAAGGAUAAGCAACCUGAGGAGCACAAAAAUAUGGAUAUUGUUGAAGAGUGUGAAGAUAAGGUGAAGGUCAAAAUCAAUCAAAAUGGUGUUAUUGCAGGGCCAGAACCAAUGGAUAUCACCCCCAGUGCUCCAUCUGUAGCCUGUGCAAUUUCUAUCUCUGAUGUGACUGUUCUGGAAGGACAUAGUUCUGAGGUCUUUGCUUGUGCAUGGAGCCCAACUGGUUCACUACUAGCAUCUGGGUCUGGGGACUCAACAGCUCGAAUUUGGACCAUUCCAGAUGGCCCUUGUGGUUCUAGCAUGCAAAAUCUUCCUCCUCGCGUACAGGUUUUAAAACAUUUCAAGGGAAGACUUGAGAAGAGCAAGGAUGUAACAACACUUGAUUGGAAUGGGGAAGGGUCACUACUAGCAACAGGUUCUUAUGAUGGCCAGGCUAGAAUAUGGAGCAAGGAUGGGGAGCUCAAGAAUACUCUAACCAAGCAUAAAGGACCAAUAUUCUCUUUGAAGUGGAACAAGAAGGGGGAUUAUCUCCUAAGUGGCAGUGUUGACAAAACGGCUAUCGUGUGGGAUACUAGGACAUGGGAGUAUAAGCAGCAGUUUGAAUUCCAUUCUGCGCCAACACUUGAUGUUGAUUGGAGAAACAAUGUCUCUUUUGCAACAUGUUCGACAGACAGCACGAUAUAUGUUUGCAAGAUCGGGGAAAAUCGCCCAUUAAAAGUUUUUGCAGGGCAUCAGGGUGAGGUUAAUGCUAUAAAAUGGGAUCCAACUGGUUCAUUGCUGGCUUCAUGCUCUGAUGAUUGGACAGCGAAGAUCUGGAGCCUUAAGCAGGAUAAAUGUGUACACGACUUCAAGGAGCACCAAAAGGAGAUAUAUACCAUUAGAUGGAGCCCCACUGGACCAGGUACAAACAACCCUAAUCAGCAAUUACUAUUGGCAAGUGCAUCUUUUGACUCUUCAAUCAAACUAUGGGAUGUUGAGCUGGGAAGACUUGUAUACAGCUUAAAUGGUCACAGGCAACCUGUAUAUUCUGUGGCAUUUAGCCCAAAUGGACAGUAUUUGGCAAGCGGAUCAUUAGAUCAGUGCCUGCACAUAUGGUCUGUGAAAGAGGGGAAGCUUUUAAAGACAUACAGCGGGGGAGGUGGGAUUUUUGAAGUUUGCUGGAAUAAGGAAGGCGAUAAGAUAGCAGCAUGUUUUUCCAACAACACCGUUUGUGUGAUGGAUUUCAGAAUGUAAAUGGCAGUUGACUUGCUCACCUUCGCCUUAGGUUGAAGUUAAAUUUUUGGCUGGAUUGAUUGCUUCCGUUUUGGAUAUGAAUUAUCGCCAAACUUGUAUAGAAUAUAAGUUUAACUCUUGAAGGUAGUUGGACUUAGUACUUAUGACUGAUUUAGAUUGUGACCAAACCUCUAAUGUUUUAGGUUAUUUGUUAUUGUCCUGAGUGAAAGAGAUUUUAUGUUUAUUCGUUGUUACUCUAACUCUAUUGUUAAUACAAAGAUGGACUUUCAUUGAGGUUAUUUAA